AGCAAGCGCAUUACCAUCGGGUUAAAACCGCUGAUCAACUUUAUUGUGGACCACAGAGAUGUUGACAAAAAAUGUCUUCCUCCUCUGUGGUCCCAGUUGUUUUGUGGGGAAGUACACCUCCUUCACAUUGCAUUUCGUGUGUCAUAACCACUUAUGAUCAGAAAACAGUCGUCACUGGAUCGACAGAUGGACAGUUGGGUAUCUGGGACCUACGGUUCGCCGAUGAUGGAGAGAUCAAAAUCAUUCCAAGGAACCUAAUAUUUGCCCAUUCAGCAAAGGUUACAGCACUUACAAAAGCUACUGAUGGCUGGGAUAAUCAGUCCAGUAUUAUCAGUGCUGCUGACAAUGGAGAGCUUUGUUUAUGGGAUACAGAUGAUGGAAUAUGUAUACAAACUAACGUUAUCGCAGGAAUGCAUUUAGCACUGUUGUCCUUCCAUGUAGCCAUUGGCACUGGAAAAGAGUGGCGUGUUGUUUGCUAUGGUAGCUAUUCUGAUAUUUACGUCCUGGAUGCGUUGUCUCUUGAGGUGUUGUACACUCUACGUUCUCCAUCAGCUACUAACUGGAUCAGUGCAGCAUGUGUUGUAAGGCCUGCAAGAAGACCAGAGGAUGUUGUUGUAGCUGUGUCUCUGUCUGGUAUGCUGAACAUUUGGAUGCUGAAACCAAAUGUAGAGUCAAAGUACAGUGAGCCCACUUACGAAAAAAAGUUGGAGCAAGUCACAGACAGCAAAGCUACUGGGAUUUGUUGUAAUCCCUUUACACAAAGAACCAUUCUUGUUAUAUGUGCAAAAGAGUGGCUGAUGUAUGAUGCUGGAGACUUUAAAUUCCUGACCACCGUGUCCAGUCCUCCAGGUCAGAGCUGGAUGGGAGGAAACUUUGUUGCAGCAGACUGCAUUCUAGUUUGGAGCAGGGAUGGAAAGAGUUAUUUGUACAAACUUCCUCCAUCGUGCUGCCCUGGUCUUCAGGACCGAAAGCAAGCAGGCAAUCCAAUCAAAGAACCAAGAAUCAUUCAGGUGUUUGAGAAGACAGCUGAGCAGAGUGCUGUACCAGAUUUUGAUCCAGCCAUGUUUUUCUCUUAUGGACGGAGGGGACCUUUUUACAAACUCUUGUUAAGAGGGGGAUCAAAUGGAAGUGUCAGUUUGUGGAAACUGAAUGAUGACCUUUUCACGUCAACAAAACCCUACGACGCAAAUGCGCCCGGUGUUGGUCCUGUGGUGGCGUGUAACUAUGCAGACUGUUGGGAGACAACCCUGAAGCCCUGCGGACUGAUUGAUUCUUUGGAUGAUUGUGGAGAAGCCAUUCCUGUUAGCGCGUCACUGUAUUUACCAGCUCAAGACUGUAUCGUGUGUGGCCGUGAGGAUGGUUCAGUCGUUAUCAUAUCAGCGGCUAAGGCGGCUAUUGCUCAGUUGCUUCAGCUGCCAGGCUCAGGAUGGCCUACACACCGGGUACUCUUAGGACACAAGGGCCGAGUGACAUGUCUGCUGUACCCUCAUGAUGAGUAUCCUCGCUAUGACAAAGAAUUUUUGGUAUCAGGUGGAGCGGAUUUCUCGGUUAAACUGUGGGACAUCUUCACCGGAGACUUACUGUACACGUUUUCUUCUCACACGGGAGAACUGCUUCGACUAAUAUGUACACCACCUGACUGCAGUAAUCGCGUUCAAUCCUGCAUCUGUUCUGUAGCCCAGGACCACUCGGUUGCAUUGCUGGGAUUGCGCGAGCGGAAGUGCAUUAUGUUGGCUUCUCUUCACGCGUUUCCGGUGGAGACGAUAAAAUGGAGAGCUUUAGACGACUUUUUGGUGGUAGGCUGUACUGACGGUUCUGUGUACGUCUGGCAAAUGGAAACAGGUCACCUAGAUCGGUGUGUUAGCGGACAAGUUGCUCUUAAUAUCUUAGCCGCGUGUGAUGAGGAGAAGAAAUCUGCUUCAGCUGGUGUUCCCUCCAAAGCCAAGACCAUUCUGGGACGAAAGAUCAGCCACCUUACUUCCAAUCUGCCAACUAGCGCUGCAUCGGCGGCGGUCAAGAAGCUUAAGCGAAGCUCCCUUCAACAAGCCUCGGCGAGUCCUUCGUCCUCGCCAAGGUUAUCUGGUGAUGGCUAUGGUGAGGUGUUGUCCGGUGGCCCAUUGAAGGUGAUGUCCACAAAGUGUGGUGUGAGAGAUCCAGAAAUACAAGUGCUUAUGUUUGAUAUCGAGGCGUUGAUAUGCAAUUUACUAACUGAAGAAAAUCCUCUGCUUGGUGCUAAAACUCCAGGCAAAGCCGAUAUUUCCAAGACAGCUGUUGGAGGAAAAAGGAGGAAACGCGAGUCUGCAACGACUCAACCAACCAAAAGCGAUACAGCUUCGAAAUCAUCCACGGAGCACAAGAACAAAAAGUCUCCUUUUGUGAAUGAAACUCAUUAUGUCGCACAACUUAUGAUCUCGUGCCUUCACUCCUGGGAUCUGGACCCUAACAUGGACGAGGUCUGCGUCGAAAGACUGGGCCUUCUUAAACCGGUCAAACCAGUUUCGUUUGGAUUACUUACUCGUGGGAACAGGCUUUCGUUGAUGUUACCAGGGUGGUAUGGGGAAACAGGUGGAGAGAGGGAUGGCGACGCUGAAUCCACUUUGAGAAGACUCUCUGGCGAUAAAGCCCUGUUUACAGAAGUUAACGAAGCACAGAAAGGAACUUUGGUCGAAGUGAAAUCGCUGGCUUCCUCGGAGCAUAACGUUGUUUCAGCUUUAAGGACUUGUUUUCAGUCGCGUUGGCAGUUGUCCUCAGCGUUGACAACUUUGCAUCUUGUCGGGCUUGUGUCUGUAGCUAACACACUUAUGAGCAUGAAUCAGAUCAGUUUUGUUCCUCAAGAAAAGCGUCUUGCUCUUUUAACGAACACAGCUCGCGAUAUCCCGUCCAGCUCAUCGAGUUACGACGAAAACGAACACCCCCCUGGCUUGAGUGAGGUGGACGUGCAACUUGCCAUGAAUCACCGCGCGCACAUAAAAGCUGGAUGGAGUCAGCUGGCUGCAUUGCACUGCUGUCUAUUAGCUGAUAUUCUAAGGGUCUCCCCUUACAAACCACCGUUGUUGCAUAUUCUGGCAAGAAGAUGGCAAGAUCGAUGCCUUGAAGUUCGUGAAGCGGCCCAGGCUAUUCUAUUAGCCGAACUGCGCAGGAUCGGGUUCGAGGGUCGUAAACAGGUAGUAGAUACAUGGGCCCCUCAGCUGCCUACGACCCUCGGGCAGGGAGGGACUGAGGACAAAUCUGACAAACCUGAUGUUGCAAAUGCUCCCACCCCUCCCAGUCCGCACUUGGGAUUUGAGCGUAGCGGCGAGGUCCAAAGCGUUGAUGACGAAGUUUUGUUUCCACCCGAUGACGUCAGCACUGUUUUGACCAGCGUCAAGAAGCUUCUUCAGUAUGACAUGCGCCGUCGCCAAGCAACCGCUAUCGUGUUGAUGGGUGUGAUAGGAGCGGAGUUCCAGCGGGAGAUUGAAGUGUUCUCGAGUCGUGCUCGCGAUGGUGAGAAAAAACAGAGUACCAGUUCACGGCGCUUGGAUAAGCUGAGCGAGACUCCAGGUGGUGAAGUAAUAAUGGAUUACGCCACAGUGCGGCUUACGGGCAAGGCUUUAAUGUAUCUCCUGCUUAAACCUCCCUCCUCGCAACUUACUGCUCACACGUCUGUUAGGAGGGCAGCCAUUGAUUUGAUUGGUCGCGGAUUCACGCUUUGGGAGCCAUAUAUGGACGUGUCAGCGGUCCUAAUAGCCUUAUUAGAGCUUUCCGCUGACAGCAAGAACCGUGAUCUCACGUUCAGGAAAGGUUUACCAUUAUCACCGUCAGCGGAUACUCAUCGAUCUGCAAGACAUGCGCUCUCGCUUAUUGCUACAGCACGACCCACAGUCUUCAUUGCAACUAUCGCCAAGGAGGUAGCCCGCAGUGUUGCAGCAGCGUCCUCCAUUUCCUUUAAUCAGCCUUCCCCAGCAGCCAUUGCGGUGUACAGUCACGUUCGCCACCAGCCCUCGCAGAAUGCAGAAGCUCAGAGCACAUCAAUUUUGAACCGUGCCAAACAUGAGAUACUGCGAAUUAUUGACCUCAUGGUUGAAAAGACACAGCAAGAAGUUGUCGACCUUCUGACUGAUGUUGUUGAUAUCGUAGUUUACUGCUUGGAUCAGAGGCAGCUUAAAGAGAAAGGAAUGACCGAAUUAUUUCCUGGACUUUGUAGGUUCAACAUGGUAAGCUACUCUCCCCAGUCCCGUCGCCUUGCAGUUGGCGCCAAGAAUGGACAACUUGCAUUGUAUGAUCUGCGAUCCUCGCGCUGCCAGAUGGUGUCCGCUCACUCGUCUCAAGUAACGGCCCUGUCUUUCUCGCCUGAUGAUCGUGUUCUUGCUUCGUACAGCUUCGGAGAUUCGAAGAUCUGCUUUUGGCAGACUGGUUCAUCGUUGUUUGGCAUGCUGGGAUCUUCUCUGCGGUGUGUUCGGUCUUACUCCACUGUCUCUCCCUCGCCUAAAAUGUCUCCUGCCCUGCUAAAACUAAUACGGCUGGUGUGGAUUAACCACAAGAACGUUAUUUUACUCAUGGCGGAUGGAACGGAAUACAAGUAUUCUGUAUAGAGACAAGAAAAGAUCCAUGGACAAUGCACAUAUGUGGUCAAAAUAAUAUUUGGAUGUAAAGUAAAAGAGUAUUGUUAAUAUUAGAGAUAUACAACAGGGUAAUUAAGCUUGUACAAACAUGGAUGGAUAUAUCAGCGUUUUUCAUGCUUUGCACAACAAUCUGAGAGCCAGGAGUACUUAACAAACUGUAUCUAGCGAAAAGUAAGCUUUUAAAAUGUUGUCAUUCUUGAGGCCAAUAAAAAUUUCACCAUUGCAAACA